AUGGCGCAAGAGCGGAGCUCCGCUGCCGACUCGCCCUUGACAACUGGCCAACUCACCGCCUUUCUCCUCCGUGCAGAUUGCGGGCGGUCUAUUGCCCGAGCUUGGUUCCUCCGCCGAGGCAAGUCAACCAAAGUUCAAUUCGCCUUCGAAGCCCAUGUGGUAGCCAUGUGUACAUACAGUACCUAUGGCGGUGAUGAAUUCUCCGGACAGCCCUCCCCCGCUGAGUAUCCUGUUGCACAGUACCAAGUACCCAGACAGUACCUCCCGUACGAGUAUAUACAAGAUAUUGUACCAAUGACAUACUUUGCUCGGACCACCCAGACAUAA